GUUGGCUUGAUGAUAUCAAUUCCGAAAACUUAGAUAGUAAAACCGAUAUUAAAAAACAAUUCUUAACCACUGGCACUUUUACUACAAGCUUGCAAGAACACCCAAAUAUUAUGUGCACCCCAAAGCCCAUCAACGUAGAGGUCGAUAUUAUGUACACCUCAAAACCCAUCAACGUAAAGGUCAAUAUUAGUAAGCCAAUAGAUAGCGUAGAAAUUCCUGAUGA